AGGAUUUAUUUUGUGUCAAGACUAAAAAAAUUGCCGAAAUUAUCUCAUUUUGCGUAAAAAAAGAUAUUUCGAUUUGCAUGUUUCGAUUUGAAUGCGGGAAAUUUAUCAAUUAAAUUUUUUUUGAGGUUCUAAAAUACAAUUGCCUUUAAUUUUUUUUUUCUUCUAAAGAGAAACAGGACAUCAAAAAAAAAUCGAAGAUGUCCCUUAAAAUCCUCCAGUGAAGCCUGAAGUAAGUAGUAAAGUCCCAAUUUCGAUGAUUCGAUCUACUUCCAUGUUCAACCUUUCUGAGCCCUAACCAACUGUUUACUGCACUAAUCAAUGCACGAUUUCUUCUACUUUUCCCUCUUUCUCAUCUCCAAUCUCCAAUUUUUUUCACAAAUUUGCAAUUGAGAUUGCAGAUCUUCCCCAUUUCCCUCUUUCUUCUGUUCUUCAUUAAGAUCAAAAGAGGGAUUAAACAGAAAAAACCCUCAAAUUAAAUCAUAGAAAUGAAGCCACUAAAUCAAGCAAUCAUGCUCUUUAAAAAGCCAAUUUGCAGCAUUUUCAUCCUUUCUUUCUCUCUCGUCCUUGCUUUGGUCUUCUUAUCGCCUUCUUCUCUCUUCUCUGAGCUCUCAGUUCCUUCUUCUUCAUCCGGUGUGAGAACGGAUAUAUGGAGCCUCAGGCGUAUUGUAGAGUGGAGACCUUGCAAUUGGUGGCUUGAGGACAAAUCAGCUGCUCUACCUGCAAAGACUAAUGGGUAUAUUCGUGUGGAUUGUUAUGGGGGCCUCAAUCAGAUGAGAAGAGAUUUCUGUGAUGGUGUUGGCAUUGCACGUUUGCUGAAUGCAACCCUUGUUUUGCCAAAAUUUGAAGUUGCUGCCUAUUGGAACGAAUCUAGUGGUUUUGCAGAUGUUUUUGAUGUUGAUCACUUCAUUCAGGAGAUGGAUGGUUUUAUUCAAGUAGUCAAAGAACUGCCAGCAGAGCUUACAUCAAAGGAGCCAUUCCAAGUUGAUUGUAGAAAACGCAAGGGCCACUUUGAUUACAUUGAAACAGUGCUUCCUCCCCUGUUACAACAUCGAUAUAUUUCAUUUACUCCCCAAAUGAGCCAAAGAAGAGAUAGGUAUCCUCACUAUGCCAAAACUUCUCUCUGCCAAGCUUGUUAUAAAGCGUUGCGCCUCACGGAAGCUUUGGAGAAGAAAAGCGACGAACUACUCCAAGCCAUACCUAAGCCAUUCCUUGCCCUUCAUCUGCGUUUUGAACCUGACAUGGUUGCUUACAGCCAGUGUCAGUACUCAGGACUCUCCACUGAAUCCAUGAAAGCCAUUGACGCUGCUAGAGGAGAGAGAAAACCAUGGACUGGGGAAGCAGCCCAUAUUUGGAGAAAGCGUGGAAAGUGUCCUUUGACUCCUCGUGAGACGGCCUUUAUCCUUCAUUCACUUGGUAUUCCAAGAAACACAAAUAUAUAUUUAGCUGCUGGGGAUGGUUUAAUGGGAAUUGAAGGGUUGACAUCUAUCUACUCCAAUGUAUAUACAAAAUCUGCCCUGCUUCGGGAUGAAGAUUUCAAGGCCAUGCAUGGGAACACCAAAGCUGCCCUUGACUACCAUGUUUCCAUUAAUAGCGACUCCUACAUUGCCACUUAUUUUGGUAACAUGGAUAAAAUGGUUGCUGCUAUGCGAGCUUUUAGAGGCAUGUAUAAAACUCUCUUCUUGAAUCGGAAAGCUUUCUCUGAGCUGACUUUUCAAGGGCUGAAAGGGAAGCAAUUGAAGAGGGAACUAUGGAGGGUGCAUAGAGAUGAAUUUGUCAUGGGUAGAGGAUCGGCUUUACCAGAUUGUUUUUGUGAAUUCAAACUGUAAUCUAAAAUAGGAAGUGCCAUAAAUUAGUUUUUCGUUUCCUAUUUCAGAUCCAUUGAUGUUAUACACCUUUUUACCAGUGUGUAUCUUACAUGUAUGAUAUUUUAUAAGGCUUAGAAGCAUAGAAGUCAUCAUUCUUUUGUACUAGAUAUCGUUAUGACAUAUAACCGCUUCUGUUUA